AUGUUUCAAAACGCAACCGGAGCUUCCGAAACACCUGCGGGAACGAACGCAGCGAAUUCGACGGCAUUUACUCCCAACGCCUCAGCAACACCGAACGCUACACCCAGUGAUACCGCUCCGUCUUCCACCGCUAGUUCCGAAUCAACGAAUCAAUUUCUUAGACUGGGACAGCAGUUGGCUCAACAAAUGCGUUCAAUGAAUCCGGAACUGGUAGAUCAGUUACGCCAGUCCUUUCAAAACAUUUUCCCACCCGGUUCCACUGGUUCAACUGAUGCUCCGCAUUGAGCACAUAUUAACGUGUUUUCUAGGCUGCAUUCUCCUGAUCCCUUCGGGAAAUGGAUGCCUUGUUGAGCGUCCACAGAACGUGGUGUUUGCCUCUUCUGGUUUUGAAGUUACCGGUUUCAUCUAUCGUUUAAACCUAUGUUCUUAUCUUUUCGACUUCACGCUUACACUGACUCCAUGGGCUCAUUGACGGCGCGCGCGAGAGUUGCCCAUCGGCCGUGGAUAUUUUGAACCCGUGAAUGUGUUUAUUACCAUCAUUCACAACCGCUUCCAUCCUUUCUUUGCUUUUGCUGCAUUUCCGGUUGCUUUUUUGUUGUGUCUCGUUCUGUUGGAUAUUGAGCCUCAGUUAACAGCCCGGUCAAUUGGCGGUUUGCUGCAAUUUUUUACUCUGCUGAAUGAUGGUUUGAUUUGGAUGUUUAACAUUAAACUAUUCUUCCGUCUUUUAUCUCAGGCUAAUACUCUUCAUUGAUGGGACUUUUUCGACUAGUUUCUUCACGAAAACAUAUUAAUCUUGGACUUACUUCAUUUUUUCUCCACAGAUUGUGUGGCACUUUGGUGUCCACAUUCUUAGUCGCAUCUCCUAGCACCCGUACCUAUGUACGAUGUUAGAUCAAUCUGCGAUUCACUCAACCUUUCUGUGCAUUAAACUAUCAGCAAGAAAUCAUCGUGUUCCCUCUGUGGCACAUUGGUCGAACUUUAGCUGUGAAUUCCCCAACUCUAUUUUAGUGCGUUUCGACACGAAAAAACAUGUUCAUACCACCUGACAAGUUCCUUCAAUGAAACGUGUCCUAAUUUCCCCCUGGGAAUCAAAAACCAAAUCUGAGACUUAAUCGAAAUUCCGUUAAUCAAAUAAUGCAAGUUCCUUUUAUAUAGCACGUUAUUUUCUUAACCAGCGCUCAAUCUUUGCUCAUAUCCGUCCAAAUCAAUUGUACCAUCAAUCCAGUCUACAUAAUUACCGUGGAGUUGUAUUGAAGGCGAUCGAUUUGCUUUCAAGCUGUUGGCUCUAUGUUCGCUCAACUCUCCAGUUCGAUCCGCCACCAUUAUGCUCUGUAGUACCAUAACACCAUAUUUGUGCCCAAACAUGUGGAAUGUUGCACCCGUUUGUUCGUGGUCCACUCACUGGGUCAUCUGAUCUCCGCUUUGUCAUCCCAUCCACCGUUUAGAAUCUUCUGAUCACCUCCCGUCCAUGAUGCAUGGACUUCAAUCUGGUCCUUUUCACUUCAUGUGUCUCAAAUACAAUCGUAUAUUUCGCAUCCUAUAAGUUUCUUUUUUCGUAUCAAGAAAAAAUCUUUCCACCUGAUUCGCU